AUGAACCAAGAGAACACAAGAGACCUGGUUGCUACCCUUGCCCCAUUGCAGAAUAAACCUGAUCUUUCUUUUCAAGAAUGGACACAACAGAUGAAAGACACGUUGGAUGCAAGGAAGCGUGGUGACUUAGCAUUCCGUGAUAAGGAUUUUAGAACUGCUAUAUAUUGUUAUUCUCAGUUCAUAGAUGUGGGAACGAUGAUUUCCCCAACUGUAUAUGGAAGACGAAGUCUAUGUUAUCUUAUGUGCGAGCAACCUGAUGCAGCUCUCCAAGAUGCCAUGCAAGCCCAGUGUGUCCUCCCCGAUUGGUCGACUGCUUUUUACAUGCAGGCGGUUGCCCUUGCGAAGCUGGACAUGCACAAAGAUGCAGCCGAUAUGCUUAACGAAGCUGCUGCCCUAGAAGAUAAGAAGCACAAAGGAGGAGGAACUGGCAGAUGGCAUUUUUUCUAUUUUAUUUGAUUCCUCUUCUUGUUA